ACCUCGAGGCUUAAGGAGCCAGUGGAAAUAAGCCAUGUUAGAAGACCCGAGUCAGGGAGCAGGGGCCAGCCAUGAAAAGAAGAUGGAUGUUUCAGCACAGGUCCCCAAGGAGGACAGCACACCUGAGAUCGUCAUGGGGCUGCAGAAGCAGAUCUGUGACCUUGCAGCAGAGCUCACUAGACAGGCGUCCUGGUGGUGUGCAGCGCACAGAGACCUCCAAAGCCAGAUUGACGCCUUGAUGAAGGAGAACCAGGAGCUCCGUGAGGAACUGAGAGCUUUGAAGCAGCAGGACACAGAGGACCCAAAGCCCCCCGAAGCCUCAGCACCUGCAGCAGAGGCAUCCAACACUCUGGUACCGCAGAUUUUCUGCAUUACAGAAAUAGCAUGCAGGAAUGCUCUCAGCUGGGUAUCCCUGUGAGGGCUUACUGUGUGUCCCUCAAUUGUAAAUCACACAGAAGUGAUAGUGAAUCUUGAGUGGGUCUUCCUGGGAGCCUUGGGGACAGAACAUCCGGUGUACAUAAGGAUAGAGGGCAUCGAUUCAGACGAAACAACAUCUUGGGAUGACAGAGACGAUGCUCCUUCUGGAAGUCUUCAAAACAGGAGCACAAUGGCCACAGGAGGAUCAGAGUCCUCAGAAGAAAGACUGUCCUUCAUGUCUUUGCAUAAGAAGGUUAUACACCUGUCUUCCAAGUUCCUGCAGAGUCACCUUGGCAGAAUAUCACCAGAACCACCUUCUGACACCACAUUCCUGGACACAGAGUCCUUGCCUGACACGUGGUCCUCCAAUCCAGAGAGUUCAGAAGGUGAGCUUAUCAUGCAGGCUCGAGCAAGCAGAUUCCAUGCAGGUUUUCCCCAGAAUGCAGUGUGGCUGCAGGUGGAGCAGGUGCUCAGCGAUGGGCGAACUAUCAUCACUUUCCCAAAUGGAACCAUGAAGGAGAUCAGCGCGGACAAGAGGACAACCCUCACCAGGUUUUUUAACGGCGACAUGAAGAAAGUGAAGCCGGACCAGAGAGUGAUUUAUUAUUACGCAGACGCUCAGACUACGCACACAACCUACCCGGAUGGCGUCGAAGUUGUGAAGUUUCCCAACAAGUGGACCGAAAAAUUCUACCCGGACGGCUCGAAGGAGACCGUGUUCCCCGACGGGACAGUGAAGCAGCUUAAAGACGGGUGCGAGGAGACCGUGUUCCCCGACGGGACGUCUGUGACAGUGAAAAGGAACGGAGACAAAACUAUCAUGUUCAGCAACGGACAGAAAGAAACCCACACAGCCAGGUUCAAGCGGAGGGAAUUCCCAGACGGCACCAGCAAGACCGUGUACUGCAACGGCUGCCAGGAGACCAAGUAUGCAUCAGGGCGGGUCAGGGUCAAAGAUGAGAUGGGAACUGUCAUCCUGGACUGGAAGUAACGCAUCCACCUGACUCAACAUCAGGCACUAGGCACCGAAACAGACAAAACA